UAUAACGCCGUUUAAUUGGACUUCUUUUAUUAUUUUGUCUAGUCCUUUUAUUGAAUAAUUUGGAAACCUGUGGUCAUGUUACAAGUGUAUAUCGUGUUUAAAUCAUACAUAGUAAUUAUUAUGUAAAGUUUAAUUGUGAUUCUCAUAUUCUUAAGCCAAUAAAUGUUGAAACAGCAAAGAGGAUUUGUCUAAAAGCGGUGCCAUCAUAGUAUCAGUUUGUAAGUAAGCACUCCCUUCAAUCUAUAUAAUGAACCACAUAGCCCAGUACAGAAAUGGCUUACACCACCAAAUACAUCACAACCCUUGUCCUCCCAUCCACAACUUCACAGGGAGGUUUCCAACUCCUAACUUGGGACCUUUGCCUGACAAUGUGAUGAUGCCUCAGAUAGUCACUGAGGGGAUACAGUACCAUAAUGCCCCUCUGCAACCAUUCCUUACAGCAACUGAUAAUAGACAGCAACAGGAUGAUAACAGUGUAAAAAUUCCAAAUCACAGAAAGCAAGUUAUGACUCCACGUAACUUUCAGCCUGUUCCUGCUCCAAUAAUCUCUACACCAUCAUGUUCUUCGAGGCAAGAGCCUCAAGCAAAGGCACCAGAUACUGGGCCUACUUGUACUGAGAACAACUAUAAACCUCCUCAGAGUGCAACGGUCGACAAUCAUCAGUUUGUUCAACAUUGUGAUCAGGGAGCAAAAAACUGUGUACAGUGUUACAAUUUGGCUAAAGGAGAGCCCUCAGGUACAAUUAUUAAGGUUAUGGUUGAUGCAGCUACAAUGACGGAUCAAGAUGAAAUGGAUCAGACUGGGGGCUGGUCAAUAGUUUCAAACUCAUCACCUCCAGCCAAUACAAAAGUCACCGAAUAUCUAAGCAGUUUACGACAAUUCCUUAAAGUGGAUCAUCCAAAGAUAACACAACCGCAUGAAAGUAAAAAGCAGCGACAGGGUGACAUACGGAUAGUGACGUCAGCAGAUGGCACACGUCUCUACUUUUGUCCUGAGUGUCAUGCUGCUUACCCAGACAAGAAUCUACUGGAACCCCAUCUAGCCGCACACAAGAUUGAGCGCAGGUUCAUCUGUAAUGUGUGCGGUGCGGGGCUGAAGCGUAAAGAACAUCUAGACAGACACCAGCUGAGCCACAGCGAGGAGCGACCCUACAGCUGCGCUGUUUGCGCCAAGACGUUUAAACGCAACGAGCACCUGUCCCGACAUUCAGUCAUCCACUCGGGACUCAAAGCACAGGUGUGUACUGAGUGCGGGAAGAGUUUCUAUAGGCGCGAUCAUCUACGGAAACAUCUGCUAGGCCACCGGUUCAAACAGUUCCGACAAAGACAGAAAGAGGCUGGCUCCGUAGUUGUUCAUAAUGGCUCAAUGAGUGGGCCAAACCAUUUGCUAAACGCGUCGAACGGUCCGUUGAAUGCGGUGAACGCUGCAGGUAGCUCCAUGACUGCAGACAAUCAGUUCUUGGAGAAGGAGCGGCCGUGGGUCUGCGGUGUCUGUGGGGCUGCGCACAUACGCAAGGAACACCUCGACAGGCAUCAGCUGACGCACACAGACGAACGACCAUAUGCCUGCCCACUCUGCCCGAAGGCGUUCAAACACAACGAACACCUCUCGCGCCACUUGGUGAUCCACAGCGGGCAUAAAACCCAGAAGGAGCGGCCGUGGGUCUGUGGCGUCUGCGGGGCUGCGCACAUACGCAAGGAACACCUCGACAGACAUCAGCUGACGCACACGGAUGAACGCCCAUACGCCUGCCCACUCUGCCCAAAGGCGUUCAAACACAACGAACACCUCUCACGCCAUCUGGUGAUCCACAGCGGGCACAAGACUCAGGACCGGCCGUGGGUGUGCGGCGUAUGUGGGACGGGACAUGCGCGCAAGGAGCACCUGGAGAGGCAUCAGGUGACACACUCGGACCUACGCCCCUAUGCGUGCCCCGCGUGUCCAAAGACGUUCAAGCGGAACGAGCACCUGUCGCGUCACUUGGUGAUCCAUUCGGGACAGAAGUCAGAGCUGUGUCGGGAGUGCGGGAAGACCUUCUACCGAAAGGACCAUCUGCGCAAACAUGCAGAGAGCCAUCACAACAAGCGUGGCAAACACACGCUACCAGCGAUGCCCCCUGCAAUGCCUCCAGGGGCUGCUGUAAUGCCUCCAGGGGCUGCUGUGAUGGCCCUGUCAUAGUGGGUGAAAAUAGAUAGGUAGGUUAUCAGGGAUUCAAAAUAAAGAUUUGUACAGUUCGAAAAAUCGUUAAGAGAUUCAAAUACAGGUUUUUAUCAACAAUAUUAUCUUGAUCAUACAUAAAUUCUGUUUAAUUAAAAACAUUUAUGUUAAACUUAGCUGGUCACACAUUUUCAGUUACUGCAUAUUUCAAAGGAAGGAGCCCACCAAAACACAAUUAAGUCUGAAUUUAUAAUUGUUUUAAAAUUAUACUUAAAGAUAUUAUUCCACAGGAUAACCAUUACUUCCCAUAUGUGUUUUCAAUGAAUUUCUGUAUAUUUAAUUUCUUUAUGGAUUAUUUUAGAUAUAAUUAUACUAAAUAUCUCACUAAAGUCAGUAUUAUAGCUUUAAAGCAACA